AUGGAUAGAAAUGCAAAACGCCGCAAACGUUAUGCAGAAAUGCCCCCAGAAAGGAAGGAUGAACUUUUACGCUGCCAAAGGCAAGCUAGCGCGCGUCGUUACGCACAAAUGCCACAGGAUAAAAAGGAUGCUCUUUUACGCCGUCGGAGGGAGGCUAAUGCUUCAAAGAAGCAGAAAAUGCCCCCUUCUGCCUCUGAUUGUGUGUCAAAACCCGGCACUUCUAGGAGAAAACAUCCAGCUAACGCUCAAAAAACUCCGUUAGUUCCUGUAGGGACAGCCAUUAGUUCUCCUGAUGCUUUUAUACACCCUGCUCCUGCUCAAAAUACUGAUCCUCUGGUCAGUGAUGAGUUAGCCAGUACUAAAAAUGCUGAUCUUGUGGUCAGUGAUGAGCUAGCCAGUAGAGCCUCACAUUCUUUUGCCAUUCAGUCAGAAGACGUGCUAGACGGUGCUCCAUUACCGCACCUGUUCAGCUCUACAAAUACUUCAUUGGAGUGUGAAAAGCAUGCUUCCUCCUCUGUUCAUGCAAAUUCCGUUCCUUCUAAUGGUCAACAAGGAAAUGCAGCUUGCUUUACCACUGUCAAACGUGCUUCCCUGACCAGAAAAACAUCCAGCUCAGGUCAUCAGCGAAACUCUAGGAAAACUAUUCGCUCUCGUUUAGAAAGGAUUCCUGACCGUUCUUUGCUUCUCCCUGAAUCUCCAAGUUGUCAGUAUUGUGGAGCUAUAAGGUUCCAUUUAGAACCUCCUAAUUUCUGCUGUUCAGGGGGGGAAGUUUCGCUUGUCACUUCAACAAUGCCUUAUGAUCUGCGCCGCCUCUUCAUCGGUGAUGAUGAAGAAUGUGACCAUUUCAGGAAGAAUGCUCGUACAUACAAUAACAAUGUUUCUUUCACUACUUUUGCUGCAAAGUAUGAUCCAGAACUGACGAAAAAUAAGCACGGUGUUUAUACGUUUCGCGUGCAGGGCCAAGUAUAUCACUUUCUUGAUAGCUUGGUGUCACACCGUCGCAAUCCAUCUGGUAUUCAGUUGUACUUUUUUUAUACCGAUGAGGAACUUGCAAUGAGGCUUGAUGCUUCCUCUCGGCUGCGCGAAAACACCCUUAGAUUGCUUAUGCGCAUUUUAGCUAGCAAUCCUUAUGCCAGGUUCUUUAAGGAUUUGCGUCAUGUUCCUGAUCUCGACCACCAUAGAAUUGUGCUUAAUUGCAAUCCAUCUCUUGAUCAGCGUGUAUAUAAUCUUCCAUCAGCUUCUCAAGUUGCUGCUAUAUGGACUGAAACUGAUGAUGAAUCAAUAGAUAAGUCUGUCCAUAUUCAGUACCCUUUAUUAUUCCCUCGUGGUGAGUCUGGAUGGCAUCAUGGAAUUCAGAGGAUUACGUCCGAAAAUAGGAAACGAUCACGUCAUGUUUGUGAGGAUGAUAUUCCUAUUGAUCCAGCUUCUAUCAGUGGUCCAUCUGAUCUGAUUAAUCUGGAACAAAGAGUCACUGAUCGUGGCAAGAAACAGAAAACUAAUGUCACAGCUAGGGAAUACUACUGUUAUAAGUUUCAAAUGAGAACUGAAGAUGAGUCCAUGUUGUUACAUGCCUUGAGAUUGUUACAGCAGUAUGUUGUUGAUAUAUACGUUAAGAUAGAGACAUCUAGGCUUGAUUUUCACAGAAGAAAACAAAAUACGAUUCGGACUAAAGCUCUCCAAGGAAUAAUGGAUAGUGUCUCUUUAGGCCAAACCUCAGGUUCUAAAGUUGGCCGACGAAUAUAUUUGCCAGCUUCCUUUCUCGGAGGGCCUCGGGAUAUGCGGCGUAGAUAUCUUGAUGCAAUGGCUUUAGUGCAAAAAUUUGGAAAGCCUGACAUUUUUUUGACCAUGACAUGCAAUCCACUAUGGCCAGAAAUUCAGGCAAAUCUGAAAUACAAGGAAAAACCUCAGGACAGACCCGAUCUUUUUGCUAGAGUGUUCAGGGCAAAGUUUGAAAUGCUGAAAGCAGAGGUCAUUACAAAGAAAAUCUUUGGAGCCGUAGCAGCCUAUGCUUAUGUCAUUGAAUUUCAAAAAAGAGGUUUUCCUCAUGCUCACCUACUACUCAUAUUGAAACCGCAGUUUAAGCCUCUUAAUCUAGAAGCAUAUGAUAAAAUUGUUUCCGCUGAGCUGCCUGAUCGUAAAGAACAUCCUCAUCUUUAUUCUCUUGUUGUAAGGCACAUGAUACAUGAACCUUGUGGACAAAUGAACAAAAAUAGUCCUUGUAUGAAAAACGGUGUUUGCAAAAAUCAUUAUCCAAAGGGGUAUUCUGAGCAUACGACUCACGGUGAGGAUAGCUAUCCAAAUUAUCGAAGGCGAAAGGAUGGAAAAAAUAUUAGAGUCAAAGGCUAUGAUUUGGAUAAUAGAUGGAUCAUCCCAUAUACUCCAUACUUGCUAGCCUUGAUCGAUUGUCACAUCAACGUGGAAAUUUGUUCAACUAUCAAGUUAGUUAAGUACUUAUACAAAUACAUAUUUAAAGGCCAUGACCUUGUCAACUUCCACAUCAUAGCUGAUGAAACACCUUAA